UCCACGCUGGAUCCCUCUGCCAACCCUUGUUUGCUCGCUGGGUGGAAAGCAAAGAUCUCAUUUUAGAGCCUGCAGCAGAGCAGACGCAGGUCUACAGCAAUCCAACACCUGGAGAAGGAGGCUGUGGCUGUCCCCGACAUCCACUUGCAGCUGGAGCCAUGAAGUCCCCAGCUGCCCUGACCGUCCUGCUGCUCCUCAUCCCGUACCUCACAGCUGGGACGUCUGCAGCACCGAGUUAUGUGGUCACGUCCCCAGCUGUCAUCUACCACCCCCACACAGCGAUGCUGUGGGUCCAUCUCAGUGGCCUUCACAAGCCCGUCCAGGUGACCGUCCAGCUGCAGAGUGCAGACAGGACCCAUGACAUCAUACUGCUGGAAAGGAAGGUCCAGGAGCCUCAUCUGUACCUGAACAUCACCUUCCCUGCUCCAGCCCCCACCAAAGGGAAGGAGGAAAUCGUAGAUCUGCACGUUUCAAUCCAAGGAGAUUCUCUGGCUGUCUCCAAGAAGAAGAAGGUCAUGCUGAGAGCCCUGGAGCCUGGGAUCUUCAUACAGACAGACAAAGCUGUCUACAAGCCUGGACAGCAAGUGAAGUUUCGAGUUGUCUCUUUGGAUAAAGACUUCACUCCCAGCAAUAAGAAGCUGCCCCUUGUGCUCCUGAAGGAUCCCAGUGGGAACCGCAUCGCGCAGUGGCGGGAGGUGAGCCCGCGGCAGGGCAUCGUGGAUUUGUCCCUCCCGCUGGCUGCAGAGCCAGCCCUGGGCACGUACAUCAUCGAGGUGGAGGGGAAGAGCCAUUCUUUCAGCGUGGAGGAAUAUGUGCUGCCCAAGUUUGAGAUGACCAUUGAUCUCCCCCCUGUGGUGCUGGAAAAGGACGAGAAGUUCCAGGUGGAGAUUUGUGGACGGUACACCUAUGGGAAGCCCGUCCAGGGGAAGGUCCAGGCCAGCUUGUGCCAGUCCUUCAGGUACACCGGGAUCCUGCACAGACUUCAUAGUGCCCCCCAAAAAGAGACGAACUGCAUCGAGGUUAGCGGGCAGACUGAGAAGAAUGGCUGCUUUUCAACAGAGGUUUUGUUGACUGCCUUCAACCUUACCAGCUCCAUGCAUGAGAAGCAAUUCGAAGUCCAGGCAUUGCUGGUGGAGGAUGGGACAGGGCUGGAGAUGAAAAAUACCAAGAGCUGCAAGAUUUUACCUGAAAUCCUCACCGUCACCUUUGAAAACACUGAUGAUUUCUACAAGCCCGGCAUCCCCUACACUGGGACGAUGCUGCUGAAGGGAGCCAGCGGCGCCGUGCUGCCGCAGAAGCAGCUCUUGCUCGUCGUUAGCCAGCAAGGAAAAGAUACGAGACAGACCUUCCUGACAGACAGAUCUGGGAGAGCCUCCUUCGAGCUGGAGACCUCUGGUUGGAGUGGCAUGGUCUACCUGCGUGGUCAAGUCAACGAGACAGCUCACACCCAGGACGACGGCUCGACACCCAUCUACCAAAAUGCUUACUUGUACCUCAGCCCCUUCUUUUCGGCGAGCAGGAGCUUCCUGCGGAUCCGCCGGCUGGAGAGCGAGCUGCCCUGCGGCCAGCCCCAGCAGCUCUGGGUGGACUAUCUCUUCAGCAGGGAAGCCUUGGGGACUAAGCUGGAGAGCCUGGAUGUGGUCUUCCUGGUCCUGGCCAAGGGGACCAUUGCCACCGUCCUCAGCAAAGAGGUGCCUGCAGAGGCUGGGCUGAGAGGCUUCUUCUCCCUGGAGCUGCCCAUCGGCCUCGAGCUGGCACCCAAAGCCAAGGUGCUGGGCUAUGUGGUACUGCCCAACAGCGAGAUGGUGGCUGACAGCACCGAGAUCAAGGUGGCCAAGUGCUUCCUCAACAAGGUGAAGAUGGCUUUUUCGGAAGACAGGGCUCUGCCCGGCUCGGCGCUGCAGCUGGAGCUGGAGGCUGCCCCAGGGUCCCUGUGUGCCGUCCGUGCUGUGGACCGCAGCGUGCUGCUCUUGAAGCCUGAGGCUGAGCUCAACACGGAGGCGGUCUACAAAGUACUCCCUGAAUUCAACUACCCUGGAAGCAUUCGGGACCCAUCACCCUGUUCAGAAUUUUCCUGGGACUAUCCCCUCAGCUUUGACAUUCCCAUUGACCCAGUUUUACCGAGGCAGCGAGACUUCUUUCGCUCAAGGAGGCAUAUCUUACCUUUCCCUUUUUGGAGGAAUUCCCAGAUGAACACCUACCAGUUAUUUCAGAACGCAGCACUGAAGCUUUUCACCAAUGCCAAGACCAGCGAUGUUUGCAAAAAGAGGUUCGGCUUGAUCGAGAUGCUGGGUUCCCAAGGUCCCAGAGGUGGCUUUAAUUCCUAUGUGACCUCUGUGAGGGAAGGAACUCGUGUCCCACAAGUAAUGUACAGUGCUGUCCCAGAAGUAAUGGACCGUGGUAUCCCAGUCGUCGCUGUCCAGGAAGAGCCACCAGCACCCCGGACGUAUUUCCCAGAGACGUGGCUGUGGGACCUGGUCCCCGUGGGGGAGCGGGGCUCCACGGAGAUGACGGUGACAGUGCCCGACGCCAUCACCGAGUGGAAAGCCGGGAUGUUCUGCACGUCCCCGUUGGGCUUGGGGCUGGCUCCUGCCAUCAGCCUCACGGCCUUCAAGCCCUUCUUCGUGGAGCUGGCGCUGCCCUACGCUGUGGUCCGCCAUGAAGCCUUCACCCUCGUGGCCACCGUCUUCAACUACCUGCGGCAGUGCCUGCGGGUUCGGGUGACGCUGGCGGAGUCGGCGGAGCUGGAGGUGUUGGCGAGCACGGACGAGGUGUACGGUGGUUGUAUCUGUGCGGACGAAGCGAGGACUUUCCGGUGGGGCGUGCGAGCCACCAGCCUGGGGGAGGUGAACAUCACCAUCAGCACCGAAGCCCUCAGCUCCAAGGAGCUCUGUGGCGACGAGACGCCCGUGGUGCCGGCCCAGGGGCGCGUGGACACCGUGAUAAAGCCCUUGCUGGUGCAGCCUGGAGGGAUCCUGGUGGAGAAGGCGCACAACUCCCUGCUCUGCCAGGAAGCUGCUGAAGAAAUCUCCCUGGAGGUUCCUGCAAACAUCUUGGAGGGCUCCCAGCGAGCCCACGUCACUGUGAUGGGCGACAUCAUGGGCAACGCUCUGCAGAACCUGGACCACCUCCUGGCCAUGCCCUACGGCUGUGGGGAGCAGAACAUGGUUCGCUUCGCCCCCAACAUCUACAUCCAGCAGUACCUGGAGAAGAGCGGGCAGCUGCACCCCGACAUCCGUGCCAAGGCACAGGGCUUCCUGCAGAGCGGGUACCAGCGAGAGCUGCUCUACAAACAUGAUGAUGGCUCUUACAGCGCCUUUGGGAAGAGCGAUCCUUCGGGCAAUACCUGGUUGACAGCAUUUGUCCUCAAGUCCUUCGGGCAAGCCAGAGCCUACGUGGCCAUUGAGGAACGGCACAUCCAGGAUGCGCUGCGCUGGCUGCAGGAGCAGCAGCGGCAGACAGGUUGCUUCCGCAGUGUGGGAAAGCUCUUCAACAACGCCCUGCAGGGAGGCGUCUCGGACGAGCUCUCGCUGUCGGCUUAUGUCACGGCUGCGAUGCUGGAGCUGGGGCUGUCCCCAACGGACCCAAAGGUGAGCUCGGCCCUGCAGUGCCUGAAGGCUUCGGCCACGGAUGACCCCUACACGCUGGCGCUGCUCGCCUACGUCUUCGGGCUGGCGGGGCACAGGGAGCAGCAGCAAGUCCAGCUGCAGAGGCUGGCCCGGCACAACGUCAGCGCAGGGGGGCAGCUCUACUGGCAGAGGAAGGGGAAGGCUCUGCCCCCCUCGCAGCCCUCCUGGGCUGUCGCCGCACCGGCGGAGGUGGAGAUGACCGCCUACGUCCUCCUGGCCUACCUCUCCCAGCCCCAAGUGUCCUCUGCCGACCUGGCGACUGCUUCCCAAAUCGUCCGCUGGCUCAGCAAACAGCAAAACCCCUACGGGGGCUUCGCCUCCACGCAGGACACGGUGGUGGCCCUGCAAGCCCUGGCCAAGUACGCCGCCCUGACAUACGGCAGCAAUGGGGACUUCACUGUGACGGUGACGUCCCCGACGGGCACCGCGCAGGACUUUGUGCUGCAUAACAGCAACCGGCUGGUGCUGCAGCGGGCGGCUCUGCACCAGCUGCCGGGGACCUACGGGGUGCGAGCCCGCGGGCAGGGCUGCGCCCUGGUGCAGGUGACCCUGCGCUAUAACGUGCCACCCCCUCCGAGUGCGGGGACGUUUGACCUCCGCGUGGAGACGGAGCCCGGGGAGUGCACGGGGGAUGCCAGCGCCCGCUUCCGCCUCGUCCUCCGGGCACGGUACACUGGGGAGCGUCCCACCACCAACAUGGUUGUCAUCGAGGCCAAGCUGCCAUCUGGCUACAUCCCGGACAAGAGCUCCGUGGUGGAGCUGAAGAGGCAGAAACUGGUGAAGAAGGUGGAGGUGCAGCCCGACCAGGUGACGAUUUACUUGGACCAGCUGACGAAGGAGGAGGAGACCUUCGCCUUCACCGCCACGCAGGACUUCCCGGUGAGGAACCUCCAGCCGGCCACCGUGACGCUGUACGACUACUAUGAGACGGGUGACCGCACAGAUGCUGCCUACAGUGCACCUUGCAGUUCAGAGGCUGAUGGUCAGGAACAGGAAAACUUCUAGCACAGCCUGAAGCCUGGCAGCUGGUCCCCUCUGCUCGCCCCAACUCCCUCAGCCACCGAGGACCAGGAUGGCCGACGGUCUCUGCUCCCAGCCUGGCCCCAGCCCCUACCCUCCACGGGGGUGGAAUGUGGCCCAGCGACACUCACAGCACUGCCAGCGCACACCUCGCUCUGGACUCGGCCACCUCUCCCUGUAGCGCAGCUCCCACCCCACCAGCACCCAACGGAGCCACAGCCAAGGGGCUGAUGCAGACCCACGGGCAGAGACGUCUUGCUGUUCUGCAAGCCCCUGCCACAGAUAUUUGACUUUGGUUGAGCAGCCAAGCGGUGGCUUUACAGGGACACCCCUGUGCAUCUCCCCCCUAACACCCUGAAGGAGCUCUGGGGCACCAGGUCUGGCCUCUCCGUUCCCCACGGCACUUGAGUUGGGACCAAGACCUCCUCGCUCCCAUCAGACCAACUGUCCCUUCCCCAGCAGGUUCUCACCACCACUCACCCCAUCUUGCUCUCCCUGGAAGUCACGCUGCUACCCCAGUCCCCUCCUUGGCACUAACAUGGUGCCACUGUCACCAAGAGGGACCUGGGGACACCUCCCCAAUCCCAUCAAAACAGAUUCAGGCGUUUGUUGACGGAGAGAAGCCGCAGUUCCCCCAGCCCCUGCCCUGGGUCUAAAUAAAUACAAUUGCUCAAGUGCA